AUGGAACCGGGGGCUAGUGGAGAGCAACUGGAUAUCGAUGAUCUGAGUCCGAUGGCUCGAGAUCGGUGUAAUACGUGGCCGAUGAGGAGGCCUGGGGCUCCACAGCAUGAACAGUCACCGCAUCAUAUUCAUGAAGCUAUUGAGGAGGAGGGAAGCAUCUUCGACAGCUCGGAGAACGUGAACAACUCGCAGACGGUGCUGAACAGCCCGGAUGGAAAUCAGUUCUCGCCAAGCAUGUCCUCUCCAAACGGCGGCUUCGGAGGCGGAGGCGGAAUGGCACCAUCUUCAGGGGCAUCAGAUACCUCGGACCCCGGGCAGGCGCCCAAUAAGAAGAGCGCCACGCGACGAAACGCUUGGGGCUCAAUGAGCUACGCCGAUCUGAUCACGCAGGCAAUUAUGGGAAGCCCGGAUAAGAGGCUGACAUUGGCACAAGUCUACGAGUGGAUGGUGCAGAACGUGCCGUACUUCCGCGACAAGGGCGACUCGAACAGCUCGGCCGGCUGGAAGAAGACUGAACUCGACGGAGUGGCCGGCGUGCGUCUCGGUGGCGGGGGCCCCGAUUGGUGUUCUCCCCGGGUGCACUGGACCCCAACGCGGAGGACUAUCAUCUACCACCGCCCCAACGUCUUCAGCAAGGAGCAUGAUUUGGCACAGAAGAAGCCGAACCCGUGGGGCGAGGAGUCGUACUCAGAUCUCAUUGCCAAGUCGCUCGAGUCGGCCCCAGAAGGCAGGCUGAAGCUCAACGAGAUUUAUCAAUGGUUCUCGGACAAUAUCCCGUAUUUCCGGGAAAGGAGCAGUCAGGAAGAAGCGGCCGGGUGGAAGAAUUCUAUCCGUCACAACCUCUCCCUUCACUCUCGCUUUAUGCGCAUCCAAAAUGAGGGCGCGGGCAAGUCGUCAUGGUGGGUGAUCAACCCCGACGCAAAGCCCGGCCGCAACCCGCGACGCACCCGCGAUCGCGCUGCGACUGCUGACUCGAAGACAAUUGGCACCCUGAAAGAGACGAGACGCAAGGCCCGCAACCGCGUCAAGGACCUCCGCGCCAUGAUGGGCGGCUCGGUGUCCAGCUCGCAGGUGUCGAUCAGCUCGCAGGGCGGCGUCGACCUGUUCAACGACGACCCCAACUUUGCGCCGAUGUACAGAGAUCGUGCCAACACCAAUCCUACCUCUCGAGUGUCGCCCAACAUGGAGGGCUUCAACGACUUCGACUUCCCGGCGUGGAUCGAGAGCACGGGCCCGCAAGGAGUUCAGAUCCCGUCGGAUAUCGUGGAUCGUACACAGGAGAUCCGAUUGGAGUGCGUGAACCCAUCCUCCCCCGCCUACCGUCGCCAAAUGGGCGGCCAGAACAGCAACGGCGAGAUGAAGGACAUGAAGCCGAAGCUGGAGGAGCUGCCGAUGAUGCAGACGCAACAGGGCGGAGGCCCACCCUCGUACCACGAGCUGAACGCCGUCCGGUCGCAGAACCAGCAGAUGCAGAACCCGCUGUUGAGGAACGCACCGUUGGGACAGUUGCCCAAGCAGGGGAAUCAAUUCUACCAGCCGUACACAUGGAAUUUGUCGCCCGGUCAGGUGGUGCCGAAUGCGCACUCUUGUGCCUCACAACAGGUGGCCUCGAUGGGCUCACUUCCGGUGGACCUCGAAAACCUUACACUCCCCGAGCAGCCGCUGAUGGAGAUGGACCUGGAGGCCGUCCUCCGACACGAGCUCUCCCAGACCACCAACAAUCAGCUCAAUUUUGACCUC